AUGAAAAAUUCAAAAUCAGAAACCCAAAAGUUGACAGAUGGAUUGGUAGACAUUGGAAACCUAGCCCAAUGGACAUGUUCCAGUGAAAAAGGUAGCUUCCCUAUACGCUUGGUUCGGGACGAUAACGUCGAGACUUAUUGGCAAUCAGACGGGUCGCAGCCGCAUGACAUUCACGUAAAAUUCGUGAAGCGAGUUUCCGUGAAAUACAUCAGCCUGUAUUUACAAUAUACCUUUGAUGAAUCAUACACUCCAGACAGACUUCGUAUAUCAGCGGGCACAGGAUUUCACGAUUUGGAACUUGUCACCACCGUUCAACUGGAAGAACCAACUGGCUGGGUUCAUGUUCCGGUGGGUGAUUUUGGGCGGAAUGGUCUACUCGAUGCCAAUCUCAUUGAAGUCAAAAUUCUUGGCAAUCAUCAAAAUGGUAAAGAUAGUCAUGUUCGCCUUAUAAAGGUUUAUGCUCCAGAGACGCACUUUAAUUUCUCCAUUGAUGAACUCCCAUAUACGAGCAAUCAAUUCAAAAGCCGAAAUCAGUUACGGUGA